UUUUUUGAAGUAUAGGCUAUGUGAUUUGGGUCUUGACGUAACAACAAUUCUCUUUGAAAGCAUUUAAUUUGUACGGAUUCCAUGUAAUUAUGAAAGAGGACUUGAAGGUUUGUCUAUGCAAAUCUGAAGGAAGGAGGAGAAAAAAGAAAAGAAAACACGGUAAUUGUGGACAGGAAGGACCAAAGUUCUUAAAGGUGCUUUUCUUUCUAGUAGUAGUCACCCUCUGUUCCCAGUCUCCUCCGUUAUUCACGCCUGUCUCUCACUUCCAAUUUCACACUUUUCUCUUCCACUGCUGAAACAAAAACAAGAAAAAGCUCCAUCUCCAUUGCAUUCCAUAGCAGAGAGAGAAUAAAAGCCAAAACUUCCUUCACCUUCUUUCUUUGACACCAAGAGAGAAAAUGUCCGAAUUUUGUUUCUCAAGUACCUUCAAGAAGACGGGAUUCUCCAGUCUUCUCCUCUUUGACUUAAUCCAAUUUUGUUUCUUCAUUCUCUCCCACCCUCUUUACUUCUGUUACUUCAUCUUCUUCUCCCCUUAUCUUCUAAAGCUCCUCUCUUUCCUCUCUCCUCUCCUUAUCACAACCUUUCUUCUCCUCCUUGUUCUUCUUACUGUCUCUCCCAAACUUGUCCAAGAGUACUCUCACUCUGAAUCUUCAGAGUCCAAAGUGGCUUCUCUUGUUAGUACAUCUCGAACUCUUUUCGAAAGAUUACAACCAAAAGUGGACGAUGGAAAUGAAGAUUUUCAACAAUUUGAGGAGCUUGAAGUGUUUAAGAUUGUGUUUGACAAAUCUACCUUUGAAAUUGGUGAGGCCCCCGUGGAAGUUUUGGAAUGGGAAGUCAAAGAAGUUUGCUCAGAAGCAUAUGAAGCACCGGUUGACAAGAGUGUGGGUUCUGGAGGCAAUUGUAUUAGUGGAUUGGAAGCUCUAACCGGAAAUUCUGAUGCAUAUCAGGUUCCGACUACACGGCCAGGAAUCACUCAACAGAAUGUGGAAGUGAAGAGAUUAGAAUGCUUUUUUCAAGAAGAGAAUGGGUUGGAAACUAUGUUUUGUGUAAAGGAAGAGAAAGAAAUCAACCAACCAGGCAUAGAGUUCUAUGAAGUGGAAGAAGGAAAAGAAGAAUCAUCCAUGAGAAACGGAUCAAAGGCAAUGUAUGAUAAAACAAAUGACAGUACUACAUUGAGCACCAACUACAGUGAAGAGCAUGAUCCCCAAGUGAUGGUAAACUCGCAGAGACUUGGCGCAAGUAUGGGGAGUCCAAGAAAUGUGGGAGAGGAUUCUUCAAAAUUUAUGGAGAAUUCUAAAGAAUUGGGCUCGAAACUUGGAAGUUUUGGUUCAAUGAGGAAAGAGAAGGAAUGGAGAAGGACAUUGGCAUGCAAGCUUUUCGAGGAGCGACACAAUGUAAAUGGAGGUGAAGGGAUGGAUAUGCUUUGGGAGACAUAUGAGACAGAAUCGAAAAAGGUGCAGGGAAGAAUCAACAAAAAGAAGAAGUCAGGCAAAUCGGUUGAGUAUGAGGAGGAUGAGGUGGAAGAGGAUGACAUUGAUGGGCAGUUGUGCUGCUUACAGGCUUUGAAAUUCUCAGCAGGGAAGAUGAACUUAGGAAUGGGAAGGCCUAAUCUUGUCAAGUUCUCCAAGGCCCUAAAAGGGAUAGGAUGGUUGCACCAUUUUGGCAGGCAUGGCAAGAAGGGUUACCACUGAAUCAAAUCAAUUUAACUUUGUCAAAAUGUAUUAAUGUUUCAAGGAUCACAGGUAAAUAUUGCCUCUUGUUUUUUUUUUUUUUUUUUUAUGUGUUUUCUUCCUCUCAAUUUGGAGACUUUCCGUUGUGGAACAAUCAGCAGCAAAUGUGCUACAUGAUGUAUUACAGAGAGAGGCUCCAGCAUUUUGCCUCUGUUUCUGACCAAAAGAGGAGAGAUAUUCAGAGAAAAUAUGUGUCCUGGUAAUGGUGUUAAGAGCCCUUUUAAUCUUAUGACCUCAUGCGUUAUAUAUAUGCUGUGAUUGAU